CCACCAGUACACGGUAAACAAAUUCACACAAAGUGCACCAUCACGCAUUGCAUCAUGUGUGCGUGCAGUGCUGCGUGAAUGAGGUAGCUGUGAAUUCCGAGGCAUUGGAGGGCUUUUGUUUGUGACCGCGAAUUUCGCCAAACUACAGCGUUGAACCGGAGAAGAUUCAGCCACAAUGUCGGAAGGCGCUCUGCAGACUGAUUUCAUGACCCUGACGCGUUUUGUUCUCGAGGAACAACGCAAGAUUCCCGGCGCAACUGGCGAGUUGACUCAACUGUUGAACUCACUUCUGACCGCCAUCAAAGCCGUGUCGUCUGCUGUACGUAAAGCUGGAAUUGCUAAACUGUAUGGCAUAGCAGGCAGUACCAAUGUAACCGGGGAUGAACAGAAGAAGCUGGACGUCUUGGCCAAUGACCUCUUCAUCAAUUCUCUCCGCUCCUCCUUCACGACCUGCGCCCUCAUCUCAGAGGAGAAUGAAACGGUGAUCGAGGUCGAUGCUGAGCAGAGGGGGAAAUACAUCGUUGCCUUCGAUCCACUCGACGGAUCGUCCAACAUAGAUUGUCUUGUCUCCAUUGGUUCUAUUUUCGGCAUCUGGAGAAAUGGAGCCAGUGAUGCGCCCACCAAUGAACAGAUCUUGCAGCCUGGUCGGAAGAUGGUUGCAGCAGGCUACGCUCUCUACGGUAGCGCCACAAUGGUUGUUCUCUGCACAGGGGGUACCGUCAAUGGCUUUAUGCUGGAUCCUGCCAUCGGGGAAUUUAUCCUGACAGAACGUAACAUCCGUAUCAAGCCACGCGGCAAGAUCUACAGCAUCAAUGAGGGGUACACAGAACAUUGGUAUGAUGAGAUCAAGGAAUACGUGGAAACCAAAAAAAACACAACUCCAGAAAGGGCGGCAUACGGCUCCCGUUACAUCGGUUCCAUGGUAGCUGAUAUGCAUCGCACCUUGGUGUAUGGUGGAAUCUUCUUAUACCCAGCACACAAGAAGAGCACAAAGGGGAAGCUUCGGCUUUUGUAUGAGGGUAAUCCCAUGGCCUACGUUGUGGAGCAUGCUGGUGGCUUGGCAACAACCGGUGAAGAAAAUAUCUUGGACGUCCAGCCCACCAACAUCCACCAGCGCUGCCCGGUCAUCAUGGGCUCCAGUGAAGAUGUCAAAGACUUCCUCGCAAUUGUCGAGAAACACAAGAAAUAAUUGGAUGGCUUCGCGUGUCACGUGAUGUUGGUUAGAUGUCUUUGACUUUAACCAAAGCUAGACUUCAGAGCAGUGUUGCAUUCGAGUCCAUCAGAAGUCCCUGAAAGUCCCUGUAAGUCCAUCUCAAAUCAUUCAGUCUUAAUCCACUUCACAGGCUAUUCAAAUGAGCUGUGACAAAAGUAUUCUUUUGUCAUUGUUCACCCUGUUACUUGUCACUGGCCUUGUCAAGGGACUUGUUUUAGACUCGAAUACAACACUCCUUCUUAGGGUAUUCGCUUCUGUUGUUCCUUCUCUAAUUGAUGGCUGUGUGAAUGGCUGUGUACUAAAUGCGUAAAUUUUUCUUUAUAUAAUCGAAAGAACUUAAAGGUUGAGGUUUUCCUGAUUUUGUUGGUUACUAUGAAUGGCUUUUUGUAGUUUUCUUUUCUUCAUCUGUAAUGUCAGUUCGUUUUGUACAAAGUACAACCACUUUCAAUGGUGGCCAAUUCAACAGGACUGUAAAUUUUUCUUUAUAUAAUCGAAAGAACUUAAAGGUUGAGGUUUUCCUGAUUUUGCUGGUUAUUAUGGAUGGCUUUUUGUAGUUUUCUUUUCUUCAUCUGUAAUGUCAGUUCGUUUUGUCCAAAGUACAACCACUUUCAAUGGUGGCCAAUUCAACAGGACUGCGUUGUGAGCCCUAAUUUUAUUGAGUUCUGGGGAAAAAAAGCGACUAUUAGUAAGCACUAAUCCAUUAAACGCAGUAGUUCACUGUUCAGUGAAUAUACUUUUUACCAGUUGCUCUGCAAACUCAACUUCCCUAUGUUUAAAGAUCCAAUGGGACUGUCAAGGCAAAUGUAGCUUAUUUGUAAAGAAAAAGUUUAGACAUUGUCACACGAAGACUUCUGUGAAGCAAACGAUUUCCAUACUCAGCAAAUGUGCACGCUGAUGAACAACUCCACGUCUAAUUGGUACCGUGGUCUUCCACUAUCUACAGAAAAGGAUACAACUUCCAACGUAUUGAAGAGAAGGUUUGUUUUAUUUCACCACUGGAUAAGAACAAAAAAUAUCCACAUAUGCAUUUUCACGUUUGAUUCACACUGAACACUAAGCAAGGUUUUGCAGUUCUAUUUGUAGCAGCAAGAAAGAAACGAAAACUCAAUCGUGAUACACAUAUGACAACUUGUUUUGGUUCUCUUAGAAAGAUGGAUUCAAAAUGCAAGCAAGAUUAACUAAAUAUCAGUAGUUUGGACCUCAUGUCGUUUUGAAGUACAUUAUUUUCAUCCUAAUUUUGCAACUGAAAUGAUAAAUAUUUUCUAUUUUUUUCACGUUUAUGCCCGGAUAAUGUGUGUACCCGUAUCUCUAUUUAUGAUUGGACAUUAUUAAAAACAGUUGCUUUGAACUGGA